AUGGCGAAAGAAAUUGAAAUCAAUUACGAAGAAGAAUAUGUAUUGAAUUCUCGAGGAAUGAAACUGCUAGCAACGAAAUGGAUUCCUGCAAAUGAAAAUCCAAAAGCAUUGAUUUUCAUGUGUCAUGGAUAUGCCAUGGAAUGCAGCAUCACCAUGAACAGCACAGCAAGAAGAUUUGUAAAAGGUGGAUAUGCAGUUUAUGGAAUAGAUUAUGAAGGACAUGGAAAAUCAGAUGGAUUAGCUGGUCUUGUUAUGAAUUUUGAUCAUGUCAUUGAUGAUUGUUUCAAUCAUUUCAGCAAAAUAUGUGAAAAGGGUGAGAAUAAGAAGAAGAUGAGAUAUUUGUUAGGAGAAUCAAUGGGAGGAGCUGUGGCUGUGCUUUUGCACUGGAAAAAGCCAGAUUAUUGGGAUGGUGCUAUUUUGUCAGCACCCAUGUGCAAGAUUGCAGAUGAUAUAAAACCGAAUGCAUUCAUGAUUCCUAUAUUCAGUGCACUAAGUAAACUCGCUCCCACUUGGCAAAUAAUCCCAACCGAAGAUAUUAUUGAUAUUGCUUUUAAAGUUCCUGAAGUCAGAAAACAGAUAAAAGCUAAUAAGUAUUGCUUUAAGGGAAAACCACGUUUGAGAACCGGUUAUGAGCUUAAUAGAGUUGCUACAGAAAUUGAAGAAAGAUUGCAUGAAGUUUCAUUGCCAUUUUUGAUAUUGCAUGGUGAAGCAGAUAGAGUUACUGAUAUAUCAGUGAGUAAAGAGUUAUAUGAAGUGGCUUCAAGCUCUGAUAAGACAUUGAAAUUGUACCCUAAAAUGUGGCAUGGUUUGUUGUAUGGAGAGCCAGCAGAAAAUUUGGAGAUUGUUUUUUCAGAUAUUUUUAGUUGGAUAGAGGAGAGAACUAAGUAUGGUAAUACAAGAAUCGAGAGAGAAUUGAAAAAUGAAAAUGAAGAUUCAUCGAGAGGAAAUAACUCUUGUUGUUAA